GCUCGUGGGUCAUCGGUGUGCGCCUCCCGGUAGUGGGUGCAGGCUGUGAAAGCAUGGCAGCUGCUGAGGCAGAGGUGGCGUCUCCUCCGAUUGCCGACGCAGCCCCCGAUGCUGCAGAAACAGCCGCAGUGGUAACGUCCCGGCCCAGAUCGCCAGCCCAGGUCUCCAAGGCCGCCCUGGCUGCUAAGCUGCUGUCGCUCAGCGGCGUGUUCGCCGUGCACAAGCCCAAAGGGCCCACUUCAGCCGAGCUGCUGAAUCGGCUGAAGGAGAAGCUGCUGGCAGGUACUGCAGCCCGGGUAGGGACCAGGCUGCGGCGUUCUCCUCUGUUGGGCAAGCGCCCUGGGGUUUUAAAUUUUAUUUUAGUUCUUGGGGUGGGGCUGGGGAGAAGCUGUCUGGUGGACAGACUGAACGGUUCAGGUAGAUAUAUUGCCAUUGGAGAACUGGGGAAAGCUACAGACACGCUGGAUUCUACUGGGAAGGUAACGGACGAGAAGCCAUAUGAUAAAAUAACACAAGAAGAUAUUGAAGGUGUUCUGCAGAAGUUCACUGGGAAUAUAAUGCAAGUCCCCCCACUCUAUUCUGCGCUGAAGAAGGAUGGCCAGAGGCUCUCGACGUUAAUGAAGAGAGGAGAAGCGGUGGAGGCCAGACCCGCCAGACUGGUGACUGUCUACAGCAUCUCCCUUCUGAGGUUCCAGCCACCGCUUUUCACGUUAGAUGUUGAGUGCGGAGGAGGCUUUUACAUCAGAAGCUUGGUCAAUGACAUUGGCAAAGAGCUCUCUUCCUGUGCCAACGUGCUGGAGCUGACCCGCACCAAACAGGGGCCAUUUACCCUUGAAGAGCACGCCCUCCCUGAAGACAGAUGGACCAUCGAUGACAUCACACAGGCCCUUCAGCACUGCACAUCCCUUCUGCCGGAAGAGUCGGCAUUUAAAAAACCAAAAUCUGAGAACUCCAGUGACCAGGUUUUAAGCUAUGAAUAUAUAACUCUAAGCGAGACAAAGAGAGAAGAGGAUGCAAUUAAGACACUCUGAGACUGGCCUGGGAAGAUCAGUUCCUGGUUGGCGUGUGUACCCUGACCCAGGAAUGGCCAUUUCUUUGCAAGAUGUCUUAAUGCUACUGAAUGAUGAAUAUGAUUGGAUUCAGACAAAUAACCUUUCUGAAUUUGAUCUUUUCUUAGUCUUUUUCGUAUGAAAAAGUAAACAAUUUUCUAAUUACGGAAAACAAGUAGUUCUGUUAGUCUCACAGAAGCAAGUGUACUGAAUGUCACGUUUGCUUUGUUUAAACUGCCAGGGGCUUCCGCUGCUCUCAGAUUCCUCGAGUGUAUUUGAAGUGCUCAGGAUUGAACUGCUCCUUGUGUUUGCAGCGCUCACGGCUGUGGUGAACCCUGCACUGAUUGACUUAGUCCUCGGUGGCUCUGUUUCUCAGAUCUUGACAAUGAAUACAUUUUCCUAAUAAAUAUUCACAAAUGCACAAA